GGGCUGUGCGAGGAGGCCGGGCGAGAACACCUCCUCGUCCUCCUCGCUGAUGGCGCGGCACAGGUACCGCUCGCGGUCCAGGGAGUCGAAGCGGAACACGUCGCUCUGGACGGCGCGGGGCGAGCGCGCGGUGCCGGCGCUGCCGCAGCUGCUGCUGGUGCUGCUGGUGCUGCUGCUGCCGCCCUCGCCCGAUCUGUGCACCUGGAUGACCCCAGGCGACCUCUGCUGCUGCUGGGCCUCUGGCAGGGGGCUGGUGCCUCCCUCCCUGGGCCCUCCUUGGCGAGGGCGGCGUGUCCACCUUCAUGGCCUCUUGGCCGGUCUCGUCCUGGACUGUGACCCUGGGGCUGAGGCCGGGGCUGAGGCCGGGACUAAGCCCUGGGCUGAGGCCGGGGCUGAGGCCGGG